UGCACCGUCGAUCGGGUCCACUGGACGGAGAUGACCGCCGACAGGUUUGACGGACAGUACCGGGACCACAAACCGGUGGUGCUGACGGGCAUGCGCGGCCGCAACGACGCGUUCCGCAACGCGUGCGCCAAGGACGUCUUGCUCCGCGAGUGGGGCGACAAGGACAUCGUGCUCUCCACCGCCAACACCCAUUCGUACCUCAAGGUGACGAAGACCUUGCGUGAGUACGUGUCCUCGCACACGGCGCCGCAGCGGCUGGAUCGACGCGGCGACGAGACCUUGAUAUGGUUCGGGGACAACAACCACACGGAGUGGCGGUCGCACUUCGACCUGUACGUCCCGCCGCCGUUCGGGACGUCCGACGCCGACGUUGCGUACAGCUUCGGGGUGGGCGGACCGCACUCGGGGGUGCCGCUUCACGUGCACGGACCGGGUUGGAGCGAGACGAUCGUCGGUCGCAAGCGAUGGUGGCUCUCCCCGCCCAAGCCCAAACCGAGGUUCCACCCCAACGCCACGUCCCUGGAGUGGGCGCUGGGGCUCAAGCCGCUGCAGGAGGGGGACGAAGGGAGGAUGUUGGAGUGUACCAUCGGGGAGGGUGAGGCGGUGUGGUUCCCCGACGGGUGGUGGCACGCGACGCUCAACCUGGACGAGAGCGCUUUCAUCAGUUCAUUUGUC